AUGAAGUUUCCACCUUUUGCCGUUUCAAUAUUUGUACUGUUCGAGGCCAUCAACCAUGCAGAAUCCUUUUCGAGUCGCAGCAAUGCUGGAAUGGCUAACUAUGGAACGACGAACACUGCAAGAAAGGUUAAAAAUUCAAUUGCCCCAGAAGCGACUGAAACCACGUCUAGGCAGGUGGAGCAACGGCGUGCGCUUGGAUCGCAAGAAAACUUGAUGCUGCCGCGACAAUACAGCCCAAACAGUGAUGUCGUCUUUCCACAAAUGAAUCACGUUAGUUGUGCAAUUCUGUCGUCGACGCCAAAGGAGGCAGCUCUUCUGGAAGCGAUCAACCAAGUCAUGAAAGCGCACCCACUGCUGCGCUGCGAGAUUGAGGGCGACGGAGAGCCAGAUGAAAGAAUAGAUUUGUUCAAAAUGGUGCGAAAGGGAGAUCCCUCUCCAUGUACGUUUGCGAGCAAAGAGGGUACCUUUUCUGCCACCGACGUCCUUCAGACAGUUGAUGUCGACGGUAGUGAUCGCGGAAGCUUGGAUAGAAGCUGGCAAACCGCUUUCAACCGAGAUUUGGAUGACGGUAGCUGGUGUGAUGUGGAGAAGACACCUCUGUGGAAGCUUGAGUUCCAUCGAACCAAUGAUGGCAGUGAUGCCCCCUCUGCAUUAUUGCUCUCAUUCAACCAUGCGAUUUCCGAUCAGAGUAGUGCCAACAAGUUGACUGAUCAAAUUGUUAACCUCCUUGCACAGAUCGAUACCAAAGGAGCCGUUCAGAGUAAGCCAAAAGAGCAGAGUAUGCCACCAUCUGUCGAACAAUCUGUUCUUGGUGAAACAAACACAUGGGGUGACAUCGGGCCAUCUGGCGUUUCCAUUGAUACAAUAAAGUAUGUCGGUGGCAAAGCACUAGAAGAAACAAAGGAGCCUGUUAUACUUCCAGAUGGAUUUGGUAGCGGGGGUGGUGUACUAGGUGCUUUGGCCACAAUCUCGGGUAAUGCUGCUGGUGGAGAGGAUAGUAAGAGUACGAAGCGCAAAUCCGUUGUCGAAUUCCGGACCCUUUCGAAGGGGGCAACAUCUGCUUUGUUGUCGAAGUGCAGAGAGAAUGGUGUAUCGAUCACAAAUGCUCUUUCGGCAGCGAUUACCAUGACUUCCACCGAUUUUGUUGAUGGAGGAAGGGAAACAGACAAGGCACGAAACUACAAGGUACUGCAGUCGCUGGAUAUGCGACGAUUUGGAGAAUGUGUCGAUAAGGGCGAGUCUGUUGGCUGCCUAGCUGGAUCAAUGGAUCUGAUGUAUGGACCGCUCCCUGAUAGAUCUGGAGAAAAGCUUCGGACAUCGCCCACAACGGAAGAUACGAAUCUCUUCUGGGAGAUUGCAAGAGAAGGAAAGUCACAAACAGAGGCUUUUAUUGAAUCUGAUGGGCCUUCUCAUGCAGUUCGCGUUUUCGAUUUUGCCAUGACAAUUUCUGACUUGAACAACCUUGUUCAUUUGACUGCGCAAUCCAAAGAUAGUCAAGGCCGAGCGUACAGUGCAGGAUUCACUAAUGCUGGUGUUUACGAGCGCUUGGAUGCAUUUGAAAUGGAAAACGAAGAUGGAAAGGCUGUGCAGAAUCAACAUGGCAAGUACAAGAUUGAUAAUAUUUUCUACGCUGCGUCGAAUGCCAGAAGUGGUAGCCUAUAUCGUUUCUCGUGUAUGACUGUCAAUGAUGAAAUUCAGUUCACAUUCCAUCCAGCAGCACCUAUGGUUGAUGAAAAGACCAACAGAAAGUUUGCGGAUGCUGUAAUUGAAACUCUCGAAGUAGUUUCUGGAGUCAAGGACAUCGAAAUCUCGGACCCCAGCCCCCUUAUCCUUCUACCCAAGGACAUCCUGGUAAAGAUAACCGCGUUAAUUGGCACUGCCGCUCUUUUGUCCCAUCUCGGAGGAUACUACAACUUCUUUCAAAGUGUCCUUGAAAUGAAAAACAAUGUUGAACCAGCCGACUUCUGGCCUGCUUUGAACUUUUGGAUCUUCUUUGCUGUGGGGCAUCCUAUUCUACAGCCUAUUCUUUGGAUCAGUGACGUGCUUCAUGGAAGUCCUGGUCCGUUGGUUGGGAAUCUAGUGCCAGCCACCUUUAUUGCCGGCAACCUGUUGGCCAUUGCUGCUAUUUCCAAUGUCGCACAGAUUCGAAAUGCCGUCAACGUGGGUGCACUAUUCACUUUCCUCACAUAUGUUGGGGCUGGGCUUGACGGUCAAGCAGGACUCGGCGACUUCAACCUCGCACUCGAUGACAACUACAAAGGAAAGGUUGUCAAGGGAUGCCCGGCAUAUGAAGAAGUCAGACAACCCAGCAUGGAUGACUUUGACAUCAAGAAAUAUCAAGGUUUGUGGUACGAGCAAAAGUUCCAUGACUGGACCCAGUUCAAGGAGGUCUAUGAUACGACUCUUGGUAUCAAACUCACAGCAGAUGGAAAGGGGUGGAUCGAUGACUUUGCUGUAAAGGGACCGGCACCUGAUUCAGCUCCUCUGUCGUGGGACAAGAGUCCAGUAGCCAAUGGAGCGCACUACUUCUUGUUUGGUAGAAUUGACGAAAAUGAUCCAACUGGAAUUUUGAGAGAAAAGGGAUUUGGAGUCGAAUUUCCCAACUACAUUGUCGAUGUCAAGAAGGAUCCAACAACAGGCGAAUACACAGAAGCGAUCCAGUUCCAAUGUCUCCAAAGAGGCGGAGUUCGUGUCUUCGAGGGGAUCAACUUUAUGUCCCGCAACCCAUCCAUGUCGGACACUGAGAUGUCAGCUAUGCAUGCUCGGGCCGAAAAGGCAGGAAUGUAUCCUUAUGGUGCAAGCCCAGAACAAAUGCACACAGUUGCUAGAAGACCGGUUGGUGCUCCUGUAGUUGACAAUAACUGGCAACAGAUGUGGAGAGCCAUCGGAGUGGACAAGCUUCUCGAGUUGUUGACCGAAUCAAUAGAAGACGGAGGACGCUAA